AUGAGAGAUGCUGUGGCGAGGAGCACCUGCGACUUGCGCGCCCUCUGCGUGCGGAAGCAUUUAUCUUAUCCUUACCAGAACACUCGGGCCAAUGCGCCCCCCGAUAUGUGCCGCUUGAUUUAUGAAGAUUUGAAGAUUGCCGCGCAGAGUGGGAGCGAUGUGGAAAAACCGGUGCCAGCGAAUAUGUGGGAAGCCCCGCCCGAGGGCAUACGGCAGCGGAGUCCCAUCAAGUCGAGCACGCGAUGGCUCAUAGAACAAGAGCGAACCAAAGCGGCCCUAAGAUUGCGUGAGGCGUCAGGGAUUGCUACGAGCGUUGAUAGGAGACCGCUCGAGGCGUUCGGGCGGCGAUUUGCGGAAUCGGCCGCGAUACGCGCCCUCCCGGGAUCCCUUAGGGUUGACGACCGCCGUCUAGAUAGAUCUCACCAUUGCCCACGACGUGAGCCG